GAUGAAGGGGAGAGCGAAAUGAAAAGGGUAAUGGAGAGAGGGAGAUGGGAUCGGAGGCUAGGAGAGAAGAGAUUGCAAUAUUAGAUCUGACAAACAGUCCAAACUGACUCAUAAUCCAAACUGACUCUUAAUUAUAUCUGAUUCUUUCUUUCAUCCUGAUGCCCCUCAUCGUCCUCAUGUCCCCUCCUUAAUUUCUCCUUUUUCUUUUCCUUUAAACUCUUUCCAAUUCUCUCUCUCAUUAUCCCCUGUGUGGGUGCAGGGCACAACUUCAAUGUCACCCGCUUCUUCAAGGAGUCUCUAAACCUUCCUCUUUUUCUCCCUGUCCCUCAUGUCCACCUCAUUUUUACCCCGUCCCUGCACCUCUCCAACCCCUCCAACGUGCCCCUUGAGUCCCGGUACUCUCGCCCCGUACAGCUGAUCAGAGAUGGCCAGAUUGUGGACCAGGACCCCCGGUACUGGGGCCUCCUCUCUCUGGGGAGAAACGGGACUGUCAACGAGGUGGUCAUCACCAGGCUGAGUGCAAAGCAUGAUGGGAUGUAUGAGAUCCGAGAUCAGGGCGGCAACCUAGUGUCGUCCACCAUUCUCCAUGUGGUCGAUAAGACUGCUAGAUGGAGAGCAGUUCUCAAGUCCAUCAGCGUUCCUUCUGGCAUGUUUGUGACUUUGGCUGGUUUCAUCCUAUUUAUGAAGCGCUACCCUAACUGCAGCCUCACAAUGAUAAUCCGAGGCCUAAGAGGUCACCAUACACCGGCAUCUAACCUUCCAAGAGUCAAUGUCCAGGACUACAGUCUACCCAGCCUCCAGCCCUCUGGCAUUCACAGUCAUUCAAAGCAGAUUGUAAUGCCAAAAAUGUGGAGCCCCAGACCUACACAUUCGGGUUACAUUCCUGUCAUGGACAGUGCACCACAGCCCUCCCCUGAGCCAGUGAGAACAGCGAGACAACAGGAGACAGCUAGACUUAGAGUUGAGACUGCCACUACUCACACUCCUAGUGACGAGGAGACUGCUGACGGAGAGAGGGAGAUCUCCUUUUCCAUCGCUGGCACCUCAGACUGCCUCCACUCACCUGAAGACUGCUUUCAGUUCCAGAUAAAGAAAGAGGGAGACAAGGAGAGCAAAGCAAAAGACUACUUCUCCACACUUCCACUGGACACAGAUACCUUGGAGACUUGCAGCGUCUACACUUCUGAAAAACUCAACUUCUUAUAGAGCAUAGAGAAGAGGCGUGAAUGGAGGUAAAGAAAGUGCGGGAGGAGAGAAAAUAGUGGAGGGCGAUAUGAUUAAACUGUUCACGGGUGAUAUUGUAAUUAUAGUGCCUUCGCUUUCAGAACCCUAUUUGGAUCUGUUUGGGUAUUGCAUAUUACUUCAUAUAAUUUCUUUAUGAUCAUGUUGUUACGCACGCUUCUAGGAAGAGGGAACGCAACACCCUGCUACAACUCAACUCCCCGUGAAGUGAGAGUUAUGGACUGUAGGCGUGAGAAAGGACGACAAAAAGGCAGAAUUGACCGUUUACUAGGAUUUUAUUCCUUUACACGGUAAUAUGGGGAAAAGGGGCUGGACGGAACCAAAGCAAAGAAAGUAAAAUGUCAAAGCCCCCCUCUCUCACCUGCCUACCCACUACCUACCUAACUUAGCACCACCUGGUGCACUAACUAAAAUACAGGGGGUGGUCCGCCCAGGUCUUACCUAGUGUGCCUAGACAGUGAAUAUACUACGGGUAUAUGUAUGCCCGCAGGCCUCUUGCCUAAGCACUCCCUAGGUGCCUUCCCCUUCCCCCCUGGGAACAAAUGAAACAGAAUAUCAAACAAUUACUCAAACAAACUAAUAAACAAAAGACAUCAAAUAAGCUCUAGCUGAGCAACAAUCUCACACGGAACAUACCAACUGCUCCCAGCAACAACUAACACAGUACAUACCAACAACCAACAUGCUAUGACCCUCUGCCAUCAACCUCCUCUCUCAGCAAUGAUCUAUAUAACAUUCAAUCUCAGCCUGCAAUGAUCUCAGCCUGCAAUGAUCUCAGCCUGCAAUGAUCUCAGCCUGCAAUGAUCUCAGCCUGCAAUGAUCUCAGCCUGCAAUGAUCUCAGCCUGCAAUGAUCUCAGCCUGCAAUGAUCUCAGCCUGCAAUGAUCUCAGCCUGCAAUGAUCUCAGCCUGCAAUGAUCUCAGCCUGCAAUGAUCUCAGCCUGCAAUGAUCUCAGCCUGCAAUGAUCUCAGCCUGCAAUGAUCUCAGCCUGCAAUGAUCUCAGCCUGCAAUGAUCUCAGCCUGCAAUGAUCUCAGCCUGCAAUGAUCUCAGCCUGCAAUGAUCUCAGCCUGCAAUGAUCUCAGCCUGCAAUGAUCUCAGCCUGCAAUGAUCUCAGCCUGCAAUGAUCUCAGCCUGCAAUGAUCUCAGCCUGCAAUGAUCUCAGCCUGCAAUGAUCUCAGCCUGCAAUGAUCUCAGCCUGCAAUGAUCUCAGCCUGCAAUGAUCUCAGCCUGCAAUGAUCUCAGCCUGCAAUGAUCUCACUCUUCUGACCAACAGAACCCUGGCUUUUAUAGCUUCAGAAGGCAUUGUUAAUUGGAGACAGCUGCGUCUUGACGAGGGGGCGGGGUGAGCUCUCCAAUCAUCAAUUUGGGCCGACCAAUCAGCUGCCUGGGGAGAAUUUCAGGAAGCCAUCUCCUGAAACACACACACUCAAAUACAAACUACAACACAGAAACUGGGGAACGUAACACAUGUCAUUAUCAUUCCUUUUAAGAAUGAGAUGAGCAAUAUCCUCCAUUUUGGCAUAUCACUCCUUUGUACAACUGGAUAGGUAAUGUUUCCAAAAAUCAACCUGCCGAUUACUUUGUGCUACCUACCAAGGAACCCUCAGGACCACACAUUUAAACCUGUACUGUAAGCUAUAGGUGACUGUAUAUAUGUGUAAAUAUAUGGAAGUUAUGUUAGGAUGGAGAAGAGAUGUCAACGUUAAAGAAGAGAUGAGGAAUUGUCAGAUUUUGUAAUAGAAUAUGGGAAUUGCCUCUCAAUUUAACAGUAUAUCUAACUGCAUGUGUUACCUACUAUUAAACAAGUAAAUUAACACAAAAUAAUAAAAAUAAACUUUUAUUAGAUUACAUAUCUUUACAUAACAUAUACGUUGUUUGCGAAUGCCAUAAAAUGGUGUACAUGAUUAAAUUACUGUUACAUUAUUUCACAAGGUAUUCACAUUGUCAUUGAGGUUUUAUAGAAUGGACUAUAAUAUGUUUGAAGUCAUAUACCUUUCCCAAUGUUUUGUGUAUUAACGUAUCAUUGGUUUGUUAGUCAAGUAAUGAAUGAAGCUCGAGAAAAUAAAAGGAAUUAAAUCUA